AUGCAAUGCAAACACACCACUACGACCACAGGAGAGACAUGCGACAACAACAAGGCGCUUAUACCUGGUUGUCAACGAAGUUGUCAACAAAUCCGAGGAAAAGUUCGUCCUAUCGAGCCCGCACAACGCGGCAACUCGUCCGCAUCCGCAUGUCUUGCUGCAUGUUGGAAUAACAGCGUACAUACCUUCGAAGAAAUGGAGAUAUGUAUCGGGGAACCUGUUGCUAGGAUGACCAACUCAAAGGGUCUCAGGCGCGGAACGCGCUACAUGUUCGCUCGAGACUUUCGUAAGCACGGAAUUGAACAUUUGUCGACUUACUAUCGCAUCUACAAGCGUGGAGACAUCGUCGACAUUAAAGCAAAUGGGGCCUUCCAAAAGGGCAUGCCCUUUAAGGCUUACCACGGAAAGACCGGAACUGUCUUCAACGUUACAAAGAGCGCCGUUGGAGUGAUUGUGAACAAACGUGUGCGAGGACGAAUAAUUCCGAAGCGCAUCAACAUUAGAGUGGAGCACGUGAAACCGUCGACCUGCAGACAAGACUUCUUGAACCGUGUGAAGGCUAAUGAUGAAAAGAAGAAGGCAGCUAAGGCUGCUGGUCUCCCUGUUCCCACUCUAAAGCGCCUCCCCGUAGGACCUCGUGCAGGACAUGUUGUUACCACCAAGAAUAAUGAGCCGGAACUUCUCGCUCCUCUGCGAUACGAGAUUGUCGCUUAA